AUGCGGGGCACUGCCACACCUGGGACCGGCCCGGGGCUGCCCGCUGUGCACAGGACCACGCUCCUGAUCUGCAGCUUUAUCUUGGCAACAGCGCUGGGUCAAAUGAAUUUCACAGGAGACCAGGUUCUUCGAGUCCUGGCCAGAGAUGAGAAGCAGCUUUCACUUCUCAGGGACCUGGAGGGUCUGAAGCCCCAGAAGGUGGACUUCUGGCGUGGCCCAGCCAGACCCAGCCUCCCCGUGGAUAUGAGAGUCCCUUUCUCUGAACUGAAAGACAUCAAGGCUUAUCUGGAGUCUCAUGGGCUUGCUUACAGCAUCAUGAUAAAGGACAUCCAGGUUCUUCUGGAUGAGGAAAGAGAAACCAUGGCAAAAUCCCGCCGGCUGGAGCGCAGCACCAGUAGCUUCAGUUACUCCUCUUACCAUACCCUGGAGGAGAUCUACAGCUGGAUCGACAACCUUGUGACUGAACAUUCAGACAUAGUCUCAAAGAUUCACAUUGGCAACAGCUUUGAGAAUCGGUCCAUUCUUGUCCUGAAGUUCAGCACUGGAGGUUCUCAGCGCCCAGCCAUCUGGAUUGACACUGGAAUCCAUUCUCGGGAGUGGAUUACCCAUGCCACCGGCAUCUGGAUUGCCAAGAAGAUUGUCAACGACUAUAGUAAAGAAGGUGUGCUGACAGAAAUACUGAACGCUAUGGACAUCUUCAUAGAGCUUGUCACCAACCCUGAUGGCUUUGCUUUUACGCACAGCAUGAACCGCUUGUGGCGGAAGAACAAGUCCACAAGACCUGGCGUCUUCUGCAUUGGUGUGGAUCUCAACAGGAACUGGAAUUCGGGCUUUGGAGGAAACGGUUCUAACAACAACCCCUGCUCAGAGACUUACCACGGGCCUUCUCCGCAGUCGGAGCCCGAGGUGGCUGCCAUCGUGAACUUCAUUACGGGCCACGGGAACUUCAAGGCUCUCAUCUCCAUCCACAGCUACUCCCAGAUGCUCAUGUACCCUUACGGCCACUCUCUGCAGCCUGUGGCAAACCAAGAGGAGUUGUAUCAUCUUGCCAAGGGUGCAGUGAAGGCCCUGUACAAGGUCCACGGUAUCGAGUAUAUUUUUGGCAGCAUCAGCACCACCCUUUAUGUGGCCAGCGGGAUCACCGUGGACUGGGCCUACGACAAAGGCAUCAAGUAUGCCUUCAGCUUUGAGCUCCGCGACACCGGGCGCUACGGCUUCCUGCUGCCAGCCUCCCAGAUCAUCCCCACGGCCCAGGAGACGUGGCUGGCGAUUCUCACCAUCAUGGAGCACACCAGGACCCACCCCUACUAG